GAUAGAAUCGAGCUAAGGCUCGAGUUAAAGCUCUGAACAUGCGGAGGUCGGACUGGGAGGACCGGUGCAGGCGGCACCCUGAGCACCGGCUGUCCAAGGGCGUGUGCCCGGGCUGCCUCCGCGACCGGCUAACCCACCUCUCCGCCAGCUCCUCCGCCACCACCACCAUGACGCGGGCCUCCAACGACUCCGCCAGCACAUCCUCGCCCUACUCCUUCACCGGCUCCCCUCCGCCCAACCACCACGCCGCCUCCCUCUCCGCCGACGUCAGCUCCGUCCACGUCGCCGGCGGCGGCUCCUCCUUCGUCAACGUCUCGGCCUUCUCGCAGCCGCUCAUGCCCACGGCCUCCAAGAAACCAGCUGGAGGGAGGCGAGAGGACGCCGCGAGGGGGAAGGAGGGCGAGGCGAAGAAGAAAAAGAAGAGCAGCAGCAAGAAGAAGAUCGGGAGGUUCCUGUCCAGGCUCGUCGGGUCGGAGAAGCGGCGGCGAACCGGGGACAGCGACGGCGGCGGCGAGCUCUUCCAUUCCAGCACCAUGAAGGAGAAGUCAUCGACCAAGUGGGUGUUCUUUUGAUCGUACACCACCGGCCGCGCCGGCAGACUACGGCCACCACCGCCCAUGCAAACUAUGCUUGGGUUUCUCUCGGUUCUCGGGUAUCGAUCGAUUUUCUUUAGGUUUCUCUGUUUCGUUCAAGUAUUCUUGUGCUUGAUUUAAUGUUUUCCCCCAAAGUUAUUUUGGGACCGUGUAUACGAGAUCAAGGAAUUGACCGACCAUACAUAAGAAGAAGCAUACUUCUGUAAAUUUUACAUUUUGAUUAGGACAAAGCGCAUGAUGUAAAUUAAGUUGUGCCUGUAUUGUAUUUAGCAUAGCUUAUACAAAAGCUUCCUGGAAUUCAAGAAUUACACAAUAGCUCUGUUUAA